AUGGCGCGGUUCCUGCUCGACCGCGGCGCGAACCCGCACACGACGGAUUUCACGCACACGCGCAUCCUGAAGCCGGUGGCCGUCGCCGCGCAGCUGGGCCACCUGGCCAUCGUCAAGCUCCUGCUAAAGCGCGGCGCGGACCCGAACCACCACUUCAAGAAAUACGCGCGGUCGACGGCGCUGCAGCUGGCUGCGAGCCGGGGGCACGUGGGCGUCGUUCACGCCCUGCUGGACGCGGGCGCCGACAUGUACUGCGCGGAGAGUCCGCUGCGGAUGGCGGCGGAGCGGGGGCAGGUGGAUGCGGCGAGGGCGCUGUUGGAGCGGGGGUAUGAUGUUCAGAGGGGAGGUGGGGGAGUGGCUGACGCCGAGGGGGAGUUGGGCCGCGAAGCCGUUUUCGUGGCUUGUGUUGGCGGACAUGUUUCCAUGGUGAGGUUGCUGGCGCAGUGGGGGGUGCGAUAUCAGGGGGAGGUAUGCCUGGCAUGA